AUGACAACACAAGAGCCCCAAGUUUUCACUAGAAAACAGUUUGAAGAAAUCAACCAAGCUGUUAAGGAUGGUGUUGAAGGCGCAAAGAAAUAUAUCAUUAUCGACAAUAAAUUGUAUGAUGUGACUGAGUUUGUUGAAGAUCACCCUGGUGGGCAAGCAGUCUUGUUGACUCAUGUUGGAAAAGACGCCUCAGAUGUUUUCCAUGCCAUGCACCCUGAUUCAGCUUAUGAAAUCCUUGCUAAUUAUUAUGCUGGUGAUUUAGAACCAGUCAAAGAAAUGGACCAACAAACUGAAAAUAGUGCUAAAUUUGCUGCCGAAAUGCGUCAACUCCGUGAUAAGCUCAAGACAGAAGGUUAUUUUGAAUCGAGCAAACUCUUUUAUGUGUACAAGGUUCUUUCUACGCUUGCUCUCUGUGCUGCUGGCCUUGCGCUCUUGUACGCCUAUGGUCGUACUUCCACUUUAGCUGUUGUUGUCUCAGCUGUGAUCAUUGGUAUCUUUUGGCAACAGUGCGGUUGGUUGGCCCAUGAUUUUGGUCACCAUCAAUGCUUUGAAGAUCGCUCAUACAAUGAUCUUUUGAUCAUCUUGCUCGGUAACUUUUGUCAAGGCUUUUCAUUAUCAUGGUGGAAAAAUAAGCACAACACACAUCAUGCUAGUACAAAUGUUCAUGGUCAAGAUCCCGACAUUGACACCGCACCUGUCUUGUUGUGGGACGAAUAUGCAUCUGCUGCUUAUUAUGGAUCUUUGGACUCUGAACCAACCAUGAUGUCCCGUUUCAUUGCCGAAAGUGUCUUGCCUUAUCAAACACGUUAUUACUUUUUUGUCCUUGGUUUUGCUCGCUUCUCUUGGGCCCUUCAAUCUCUCUUGUACUCAUUCAAUGAAGGCUCUAUCAACAAAUCAGCCCGUCUUAACUUCUUUGAGCGUGCCUGUUUAGUCAGUCACUGGAUCUUGUUCACUGCCUGUACAAUUGCUUGGAAUAGUAGCAUUUACAACAUGAUUUUGUUCUUUUUAAUCAGUCAGGCUACUACUGGUUAUACUCUUGCUCUUGUAUUUGCCUUGAACCAUAAUGGUAUGCCUGUGAUUACAGAAGAAAAGGCCGAGACGAUGGAAUUCUUUGAGAUCCAAGUAGUGACGGGUCGUGAUGUGACUCUUUCUGCUUUGGGUGAUUGGUUCUUUGGUGGCCUCAACUAUCAAAUUGAACACCACGUUUUCCCCAAUAUGCCUCGUCACAACCUUCCUAAAGUCAAGCCUAUGGUCAAGUCCCUUUGUCAAAAGUACAAUGUUCAUUACCAUGACACUGGUUUCUUCAAGGGCACUUUAGAAGUCCUCAAGACUUUAGAUGUUACUUCCAACUUGUCAUUACAAUUGAGCAAAAAGGCAUUUUAA